GAUUGUUUAUGUUUAUGUUUUGUUUGUUAAGUAAAAAGAGUUAAUUAUAAUUUGAAUUAUUCUUUUUCGUUUGUUUAUUUAUUGUGAUCAAAGUAAAUUGUCUAUUCUGAGAUGCCUCCAAAAAAGGGUAACACUUCAUCAGGAAGUAAACAAAGUUCGGGAAAAUCAGGUGGUGAUGGAAAAACAAAGGAAACAAAAGAGAAAACUGGAUCAGGUAACUCGAUUAAAGUUCGUCAUAUUUUAUGUGAAAAACAAUCAAAAGCAUUGGAAGCGAUCGAGAAAUUAAAGACUGGAAUGAGUUUCUCCGAGGUGGCUCGUUUGUACAGCGAAGAUAAAGCAAGAAGUGGUGGUGACCUUGGAUGGAUGACAAGAGGAUCGAUGGUCGGACCUUUCCAAGAUGCCGCUUUCGCCAUGUCAACAUCAACACCAAAUAAUCCAAUUUACACCGACCCACCGGUUAAAACUAAACAUGGUUAUCAUGUCAUCAUGGUGGAAGGAAAAAAAUAGAUGUCAACAUUUAUUGGUUAACAUUGAUAACCAAUUUUCAAAAGGAUUCAGACUUUUAUAAUUGAACAUUUUGCUACAAAUAUAAACCAUGAGGUUGAUUUGAA